UCUAAAGAGUAACCCAUGUAAACACAUGCAGCCGCACUCUUAUAUAAAUGCUGUGACCAUAGCAAACAAAUCUCUCAUUCUUUUCUUCUCCAUACAACUUCUUCCAUCUCUGUUCAUUCUUAUACAGGGAUUCAAAAAUGGGUAAUAAACGACACCGUAUUAGUCUCUUCUUUUUCCUCAUUAUUACAGUGGCGAUACUAAGAGUGAAAGCAAGAGGUGAAUACGGUUCACCGGAACAGUGUGACCUGUUCACCGGAACAUGGGUGGUGGAUGAAUCGUAUCCGUUGUAUAAACCAGCCACGUGUCCGUUUAUAGAACGCGAGUUCAGGUGUGAAGCAAAUGGACGGCCUGAUCUGAUUUACACACAUUACAGAUGGAAACCACUGUCCUGCAACUUACUCAGAUUCGAUGGAGAAGAUUUUCUGGAGAGAAUGAGGGGGAAGAGCAUCAUGUUUGUGGGAGAUUCAUUAAGCAGAAAUCAAUGGCAAUCUAUGACUUGUUUGCUUCAUUCUGCAGUGCCUAAUUCUAAUUACACUCAGGCUAGAGUUGGUGAUGUUUCUAUAUUUACAUUUCCGGAGUAUGAUGUGAAAGUGAUGCUAGAUAGGAACGUGUACUUAGUGGAUGUUGUCCGAGAGGAUAUAGGCAGAGUUUUAAAACUAGACUCCAUACAAGGAAGCAAACUAUGGAAUGGUGUUGACAUGCUUAUCUUUAACACAUGGCAUUGGUGGUACCGUAGAGGACCCACUCAACCAUGGGAUUAUAUAGAAGUGGGAGGUCAAGUUAUGAAAGAUAUGGAUAGAAUGAAGGCUUUUGAAAGAGCACUCAUUACAUGGGCAGCAUGGGUAGAUGCCAACAUUGACCCUACAAAAGUAAAGGUCUUCUUUCAAGGAAUUUCACCUUCUCAUUACAAUGGCACCCUAUGGAAUGAGCCAGCUGCAAAAAGCUGUAUUCGAGAGAAGACACCGGUGCCCGGAUCGACAUAUCCGGGCGGAUUGCCGCCGGCUGUUGGUGUGUUGAAGAGUGUCCUAAGCACAAUUAAGAAACCGGUCACAUUGCUAGACAUCACAACCCUUUCACUGCUGAGAAAAGAUGGACAUCCUUCCAUUUAUGGACUUUUUGGUUUAAAAGGAAUGGAUUGUAGCCAUUGGUGUCUCUCUGGUGUUCCAGAUACUUGGAACGAGAUACUCUACAACCUUAUAUAAUGUCAUUUUUUUGUUUAUUUUUUAUUUUUAUAAUUGAUCAAUUGGGGGGACUUAUUGGAUUCUUAUAAUAGAUACAAUUUAUAUAGAAAAAUUGGGUGGAUAGAUUGAUUUUGAUAGCUGCCUACCCUUUUGUAAUGCAUUGUACUCAAAAUUUGAUGAAAAUAAGGAAAUUAUUUGGGAAUUAACAAA